UUUUCAAUAUCCACACAUUCAAAACUCCCUCUCUUGCUCGCACUCUUCACGCCGCCGCUACAAUGGCCGCCGCCCUACAGCAAACUCCGAUCACAUUCCGCUCCCGCUCCCCACCGUCGGCGCAACUCCAAUCCAAGCCACCAACCAAACUCUCCCUCUCCUCAAACUUCAAGCUCACAAGGCUCACCCUCAGGCCCCUCCUCCGCGGCCGCAAUCGCGGCCGCAGUGGGGCCAGGAUGGCCAACACCGCGUCCGGGAGCUACGCCAGCGCGCUCGCGGACGUGGCGCUGGCCAACGGCACCCUGGCCGCGACGGCCGCGGACGUGGAGAAGCUCGCGUCCGAGGUGUUCUCGGACGAGGCGGUGCUGAGCUACUUCACGAACCCGACCGUGCGGGACGAGGCGAAGCGGGAGAUCGCGGACGAGAUCUCCCGCUCGCUGAAGCUGCAGCCGCACGUGGCCAACUUCGUGAACAUCCUGGUGGACAUGAAGCGCGUGGAUCUGAUCAAGGAGAUCGCGGCGGAGUUCGAGCUCAUCGCCAACCGGCUGUCGGAGACGGAGGUGGCGACGGUGGCGUCGGUGGUGGAGCUGGAGCCGCAGCAUCUGGCGGAGAUCGCCAAGCGCGUGCAGAAGCUGACCGGCGCGAAGAAUGUGAAGCUCAAGACGGUCAUCGACAAGUCGCUGCUCGCCGGAAUCACCAUCCGGUAUGGGAAUUCCGGCUCCAAAUUGAUCGAUUUGAGCGUCAAGAAGCAGCUGGAGGAGAUCGCCGCGCAGCUUGAUCUCGGCGACAUUCAGUUAGUCGGAUGAUUUUUUUUCCUUUUUUUUUGGUGUGUAAUUAAUCUCCAACGCUAUAUAGUUUUGUAUGGAUUUAUGAAUUUUUUUGGGGAAAUAUAUACUCCUAUUUGAAGAUUCAA